GCACGUAGUAAGCGCUCAAUAAAUACGAUUGAUGAUGAUGAUGAUUGAUUGAUCGAUCCCCAAGUAUUGGGCAUGGCAUAUUCCAAAUGAACGAGGUUUUUUUUUUCCCCCAUGACUUGACCAGGGGAGCUGGGGGAGAAUCUAGCCAGGACUCAGAGAGUGCACAGUUUGCAUUUUUGCAGAACCCUGCACUCGAGUAAACUGGCGCUGGAGUACUAACAAGGCAACGGUUUGGAUGGAGAGGAAAGGGCGGAUCUCGGCGAUGUUGUGAGGGCCCCCGGAGCAGAGGACGGACGGACGGACGGACGGUCAGAGCCGCCCCGAUGGCCGAGGCCAAGCUCCAGACGGCGGACUCGGGGGUCGGAGCUGACGGCCGGCCCGCCGGGCCAGAGAGGAUCCCAAGGAGGCCGCCCGCGGUCAGACCCCAGCCUCUGGCCGGGAAAUCCUUCUACUUGGACCUACCUACCGGCAAGAACUUACAGUUUCUGAUGGGGGCCAUCCAGCAGCUGGGCGGGGUGAUCGAGAGCUUCCUGAGCCGAGAGGUGAGCUGCAUCGUGUCCAGCCGGCGUGAGGCCAAAACGGAGAGCGGCAACGGCGGCCCGGGGGGCUCGGACCGCGGCCGCCCCUCGAGGGGCAAGGCCGAGCCGGCCCCCCAGCCGGCCCCCCGGGGGAGGCAGACCCGGCUUCCCCCCUCCAAGCCGGAGAACUCGGUGCCCAUGAGCCGGGGGAAGGAGCUCCUGCAGAAAGCCAUCAAGAAUCAGGGCAGCGGGGGCGGUGGCAGCGGCGGCAGCAGCAGCCUCUUGAGUCACGCCCGCUCCUGGGGCGUGCGGAUCCUCCACGUGGACGAUAUGAUGACGCACAUGCAGCAGUGGUCCCUCGGCGGCACCGGCAGCAGGAAGCAGGAGCCGAAGCCAGAGGGGACCGGUCCGGGGACGGAGACGCCAACGCCCGGAGGCUCGUCCCUGAAACCACGCUCCUCCCGUGCCUGCCCGCAAAGCAGCGGACGGCGGCCCCUCCAUUCGCCCGGGGCGUCUGGCUUCCUGCUGGGCACGGCCGCCCACCUCUCGGGAAACCAGCCCGUGGGGAGGCUGAAGGCUCCGUACCUCAAGAUCGAAGACCGCAGUCGGAUCUACCGGCCCUUCCAGCACCAGUUUAGAUGCUUCCCUGAGCUCACCUUCCUCGGACCUGGGAGAUCCAGCCCCUUUGAGCCGCCCAAAGCGGCUCCCACCCCCGUCAAAGCCAAGGAUGCCGAGGGAGGCGGGGGCAGCCCCUGUUCGGCUGGCCACACCGCACCCCGGAAGAGGAAAGGAUACUGCGAGUGUUGCCAGGUCACCUUCGAGGAGCUCGACGGGCAUCUCCGCAGCUGGCAGCACCGGUGCUUUGCCCUGGACCCCACUCACUACGCCGAUGUGGACCGGCUGAUCGCCCGCCUGAACCGGGGCUUGGCCGAGCUGACGGCCCGCCCCGCCCCACCCAGGCCGGCCUCCCCUGCUCCAUCCUUCCCGGGAACGCCCACCGCGGAGGUGUCCAUCGCAGCCCCGCUCAGCCCUGCGAUGUCCACUCCAGCUCUGCCCAGCCCCGCAACGCUCAUCACAGUCCCAUCCAGCCCUGAGAUGCCCACUGCAGCUCCGCCCAGCCCACGCGGGCCCACCACGCGGGAGCGGGGCGGGCCCGGGCCUUGGAGACGAGACGAGCGGGAGUGGCCAGGGAUGGGCCGGACCCAGCAUCCCGGAGUAGUAGACACCCAGAGCCGGGGCAGGGGCGAGCCCAGCACCGUGGCCCCCCAGGAGGGGCUGGUCUCGGGUGCUUCCCCGACCCCAGACCCACCCCUUCGGGGCUUCAAGCGCAAACUCCAGCAUCCCCUCAAUGGGGCUGGGAAGAGGCGGUGGACGUCCAGUACGGCCCACCCCGGGACCCCGGCCUCGCCCUCCCCGGCUCCAACCUCCAGCCCCGGCCUCUGGCCGCCCGGCGCCCCCUCUGCCCCUCUGCCCUGCCAGUCCGGGGGGCCGCGAGCUCCCGCCAACCCGGCCCCCGGCCCGCCGUCUAAGGAAGAGGGCCCCCCCGCUCCCUCCUCCGGCCCCCCGGCGGGCGAGACCGGCUGGUCGGAGUCGGACUGGGACCUGUGGCUCCUGACGGAGCUGGACGGGCUACGGCCCUCCCCCGGGCGCUGCCUGGACGCGGAGGGCCUGCGGCACGCCCGCGUGGCCCUGCCCGACGGGGCCUACGCCUCCCAGCUGGACUCCGUGCUCACUCCCAGGGCCGAGCUGGACUGGACGGGCAGGGAGGGCGAGAGGGAGGACGCGGCCCCGGCUGCUUGGCACACGGACCCAGAGGACGCUUUCUUCAGCGCCUUCACAGCCUGCCUGGGCCACUGGGCCAGUUAAGCCGGGCCUUCCCCCUCCGCCCUCGGCUGAGGCUGGUAGUGGGCAUCGCUGGCCUCUCCCACCCAAGCACACACGCGUGCUCUCACAUGCACACAUUCCUCCCUCUUCUGCGCUCCCCAUUGUCCCCUCCUCCCUCCCCCACCGGCUAAGAGAGGGCCCACACAGGGGAAGGGGCCGCAAGCACUUAGCCACCACCUCUCCCUCCCUCCGCUUCCGCACUUACUGGUGCUGCUGCUGACCUCGCCCCCGACCUCGCCGGGAUGUGGGUAGGGGGCUGGCGCCCACCCCCCACCUCACCCCAGGGUGGCACGACCUCCCCCCACUCCCGGAAGGCAACGGCCUUGGAUUCCAAGGAGGCGCUGGGAAUCCAUCCACCCCACUCCCCCCUACUUCGUCGUCUCCCCCGGGACCCUCCCUCCCCUCCCUUCCCCUUCCCCCCCGCCCCUACAGAACCACAGAGCCGGAGCUGGCCAGCGUGGUUAUUGAUUCCUUUUAUUUUAUUUUUUUUCCAAUUCCCAUUUAGGCCCGUCUCUCCCGCCAGCCCAGAGGCCGAAGGGGGGCUGGGCGGACAGCCCUCCGUGCUAUUGUUCGGACCCGGAACGGGGCAGGGGGGAGCGCUGGGGCUGCCGGUGACCGUUUCUUUAGUUUUGUGAAGGCUCCCGGGGCCUGUGAGUUUGAAGUCUGGAAAUAAAAAGCC